AUGCAGUCGAACGACCAGCCGAAUGGUUCUGGUUCACUGCCCGGAGUGGAACAAAUGACAGGGCAGGCCGCGCAGGUUCUGCAGAGUUUGAAAAUGAAUGGCAGUCCGCCUAUGCAGCACCAGCCUGGCCAGUUGCCGCCGCACCCCCAGAUGCAGGAUCCCCAGGGGCCGGGCCAACUACCUAUGGGACAAGCACCCAUGAAUCAGAUCGGGGCGGUUCCGAAUCAGUACAAUUUCAUUCAACGCGUGCUACUUAUGCCACCAGGUCAAAAUACAGGCUACAUGCCCAACCACAUGUCUUCGCCAAUGCCUAUGAUGUACCCCAUGGUUCCGCAACAAAUGCCGCCCCAGAUGCCGCAAUCAGCGCCUGUAUCGGCACAGUCUACGCCGCAGCCGGUUGAGAAUACCCCGUAUGCCAUGCCGCUGUCACAGCCUGCGUUCACCGCGGCCACGCAGUCUCCGCAACCGCAGCCGCUGCAGCCGCUUCUUCCGAAACCGAAUGUGCCUGGGCCGGACGACAAAAUGCUGCGCAAGCUGCGCAAGAAGGCCCGUAUCCUGGAAUCUGAACUGCACAUGAAAAUGGCCGAGUGUAUCAGUCACCACGAUGAACAGCUCAAGCUCAACGAGAUUCUGAAUCGCAUCACCAGCGAGAACCAGACCCUUUUGGCCAUGAUAGAGAAGCUAGAGCCGGGGGUCAAGUCGGCUGCUCCGGCCCAGCGCUCGCCUUUGACGAAGGGAGACCUGGAGCUGUACGAGAUGGUUGCUGCUGGAACGCACAUUGGCUAA